UUUAUCUUGGGACGGCAUCUCUAUAGAAAAUUCCAGAAUCGCAAUAACCCUCAACAACCCGGUCCUCAUGACGAGAAGAAGAAGUCCAAGCAAGUUCCUCACUGUGAGCAUCAGCUUGCUCAAACAAACGAAGCCAGCGGCGAUGCUGUUCCGAACGAGAAAGAAUCCAACACGGGCCAUCAAACAAUUCCAGACGAGAAGCGCGGCUCAAAACAUUGCGCUCAAUGUAUCGUGGAUAAAAAAAGGGCAAAAAUUUACAGAUGGAAACUUAUCCUUGCGCUCUUAAUUCCGAACUGCAUGGCGUCAAUGGAUGCUACAAUCACUGCUACUGCAUUACCGACUAUCGCUUCUCACUUCAACUAGCUUACUCAGUUCAAUUGGAUCGUUACAGCCUUCACACUCACAUCAACUUCCACAAUUCUGAUGUACGGACAAGUCUCCGACGUGUUUGGCCGCCACUCUGUGAUUCAAGCCUCCAUCUUAUUUAUUCUCGUCGGCAGCGUUCUCGGAGCCGCCGCGCAGGUAUGGCCGAUGCUGCUGCUAGGCCGUGCGUUUCAAGGACUCGGCUUCGCAGGACUCGGAAUCGUCACGAAGCUUAUUCUGUCGGACAAGGUCUCACUUCGAGAGAACUCCGUGAACAACACAAUCUUCGCACUCUUGAAUGGUCUGAGCGUUGGAGUUGGGCCUGUGAUUGGGGGGUAUCUAACCAAGGCUUCCUGGCGCUGGUGCUUCAUUAUCAACGUCCCUAUUGCUGCGAUCAGCCACGUUGCAGUUUUCUUCCUCCUUCGAAAAGAGCUCAUCAAAGCCCAACCUCACAAACGGGAAGACGGAGGCGGCAAGAUCACCGUUAUCGAGACGCCGACGCUCCUCACGAAACUCUCAAUCAUUGAUUACGGGGGGAUGCUUCUGUUCUUCUUCGGCGCCGGGCUCAUGAUUCUAGGCCUUACCUGGGGUGGGGUUACAUAUCCGUGGAAAUCAACGUCGGUCCUAGCUCCUCUAAUCAUCGGUUGUGUCCUCUUCCUCUUGUUUUUCAUUUACGAAUACUUUAUGGCACCCGGUCGCAUACUGUCCCGGAUUUUCCCAUCCCAGGAUCCAAUGAUCCCUCUGAGCUUAUUCAGAGUACGAGAUAUGAGCCUGCUUGCCUACCUCAAUUUCUCAACCGGCAUGGCCCUCUUUUCCGUCUUCUACUUCGUGGGUAUAUGGUUCACUGUCGUGCAGCAAUACAACUCAGGUAAAGCUGGUACCCAAUUAACAUAUUAUAUGCCUGGGCUUGGUGUUGGUGCAUACGGGGCGAUAUUCCUAUGCAACGUGUGGCCGAGAGAAACAUUCUUUCCCCUGCUCUUCGGAUCGGCUUUAGAGCCCCUGGGAAUUGGAAUGCUGACCUGGGCACUGAACACCGGACGACCGAAUGUGGUCAGUGGGAUGGUUGGAUUUGCAGGAGUUGGUACGGGGCUUCGGCUCAUGCCUGGAAUGCUGCAUGCUGUCGGCUUGCGUUCCCGAUUGAAGGCUCGGGGUCUGGCUGUGAUGAGCUUUGCCUUUGGCUUUGGGGGUACCCUUGGCAUUGCUAUCAUGAGCUCCGUCUUCAGCAACAAAUUGUCGAAUCGCAUCACAAGCGUAUCUCAUGUCACGUCGAAUACAACCUCGAGUGUCGGGAAUAUUGACGCUUUGUCACCUGCUGACCAGGCGAUUGUGCGUAGAUGGUUCAGUGAUGCUGUCUACUGGGCUUACAUUUCCAUCCUGCCUUUUCUCGGUCUUGCUGGUGUGUUGUCGUUUUUUCUUGGGAACGUCAAGAUUACCAGCCAAAAACAGGAUGCAGAGGGAGAGAUCGAUACUAGUGGAAAUGUUGAGGACGUUCCAUAUUUGUGGUGGUUGGCUACUGCGAAACGUCGGCGGGCAGUCAGAGAAGCUCAGACAGUUGAAUGAGGGUAUUUUCGGCGUUUCUUUCAUUCUUUCAUCGUGCUAUUCACGACAGAUUGUUGUAUUACCUCCUAAAGGUUUAGCACUGGUAGAGGCCUUGAAGCAUGAGGGAAGUCAUGAUUCU